ACAAAAGACCUCAAAAGACCGAAGGACUUCGUUAUAAUAACUUUGUUUUUAUUAAAUAAUUACUCUCAAUAAUUCUGAUUAAUAUUUAGAGAAAGUGUAGUGAGAAUAAUAAAUAACCGACAUUUUUGUGUAAUGCGUACAAUUUAAAAGUUGGAGAAUGGCGUCAGGAUCAAAAAAUGAUAUUGUAAACCGUUUAUUAAAUGUAAGACUCGAAGGAGGCGGUGAUGAACAGCCUCCGCAGAAUAUGCUGCCGUCGAAUCAACUGGCGCGGCGUUUAGAAAAUGUUGCGGAUGAAGACAAUGGCCGAAUUCCCGAGGCUGUACCGUCAUCAUCCUCGGCGAUAGAAAAUUUGCAACCGAGCAAUAACACUGGCCGAUUGCAUAACUGGCAGGCGACAAAAACUACUGUAAAAGAAAGGUUGUCGUUCCUUUUUAAUAAUGAAAUUCUUUCGGACGUUCACUUCAUUGUUGGCAGAGACGCGAACCAGCAAGUGAUUCCCGCGCACAAGUUUGUUCUCUCAGUCGGUAGCGCGGUUUUUGAUGCUAUGUUUAACGGUGUGUUGGCUACGAAGUCAGAAGAAGUUGAAUUGCCUGAUGUAGAACCUGCAGCUUUCUUGCAUUUACUGAAGUUUUUAUAUUCAGAUGAGGUACGAAUUGGUCCUGAGAGUGUGAUGACAACAUUGUAUACAGCUAAGAAAUAUGCUGUGGCUGCGUUAGAGGAGCAUUGUGUUGACUUUUUAAAGAGCAACUUAGGUACAGAUAACGCUUUCUUGUUGCUAACACAGGCAAGGUUGUUUGAUGAGCCUCAGCUUGCUGCAUUGUGUUUGGAGAUGAUAGACAAAAACACAGUGGAUGCUUUAAAUGCUGAAGGAUUCACGGACAUUGAUCAAGAUACUUUGAAUGCUGUGUUAGAAAGAGACACCCUUCGUAUAAGAGAGGCUAAAAUAUUCUCAGCAGUCCUCCGUUGGUCUGAAGCUGAGUGCAUACGUCGGCAGCUGCCGGUGACUCCUGGACACCAGCGUGCAGUCCUGGGCCGGGCGUUCAAUGCUAUCCGGUUUCCGUUGAUGUCUGUGGAAGAGUUCGCUAUGGGCCCUGCACAAAGUGGCCUACUCGAUGACAGAGAGAUAGUUCAACUCUUCCUAUACUUUACUGUGAACCCUAAACCUAAUGUAGGGUUCCUAGAUACACCUAGAUGUUGUAUGACAGGCAAGGAGUUAACUGUGAACAGGUUCCCACAAACGGAAUCAAGAUGGGGUUACAGUGGAACUUCUGAUAGGAUCAGAUUUACUGUGAAUCAACGGAUUUUUGUAGUCGGCUUUGGACUUUACGGAUCUUAUUUCGGACCUACGGAAUAUGAAGUGCAUUUGCAAAUAAUUCAUUUAGCGACGAAGAAGGUGUGCGGGUCAAAUACGACGACGUUUUGCUGCGAUGGCACCGAUGACACAUUCCGUGCCAUGUUCAAGGAGCCCGUCGAGAUCUUACCCAACACCUCGUACAUUGCAAGUGCCAAACUUAAGGGAACAGACUCGUACUACGGCACGAAGGGUCUCCGGCGCGUCACUGUUGACGGCAAUAAUGGCGAGAAGGUCGUUUUCCAAUUUUCAUAUGCCGCUGGCAACAACAAUGGCACUUCGGUCGAGGACGGACAGAUACCGGCCAUCAUCUUCCACAUUUAAGAUACACUUAUUACUCCCCAACUCUCAAGAUAAUAUUAUCAAAUACCUGCUGUGUGUAUGGUGAACGAAUGAAUGAAUGGUUUUUAGUAAUGUGUAAUAUAGAUCUUGUGUAGACACUAGGUGACCCUAGAUUUCGUCAAGAGAAGCAGAAACAGUAGUCAUUUAAUGUCUUGUAUGUAUGGUGAACGAAUUGAAUGAUUUGAAAUAUAGAUCAUUCGUCAGCGGUCUUCAGAAAUACAAUAGGAAACGAUGUACUUGUGAAAUUCUUUUGUGUAUGAUGAACGAAUGAAUGAAUGGUGUUGAAAGUGUUAGUUGU